CGGCCCGGGGCUGAGCUGCAGUCAGAUCCGGGGAUGGAGGGAGCCGGAGAAGAGGAGUGAGGAGGCCGGGGAGGCAGGCCCUGCUGCCCUCCUGGAGGCCGGCAGGCCGCUGUAGCAGUGGAGGAGCAGGCCGCCCAGAAAGGGAAGGGGUCAGGAGGUCGGGCCCGGGCCUUUAGCAGGCUCCCACAAGGCCCAGGAAGGGAGGGCCAGGCGCCCCUGGAGUUGAGGGCCCAGGCCUGUCCCGGGUUGUCCAGAGGAGGCCUGGGCCAGGCCUCUGGUGGGGAAACUGAGUCAGAGGCAGGCCUCAGGGCACGGCCUAGACGCGUGUGAGCCAAGUUAGGGGUAGGGGGCACAGACCCUUGGGGGUCUCAGAGACUAAAGGGGGGUAGGGGGCUUCAGGGCCUCCCAGUCCAGAGCCGGAUUGGCGAGUUAGACGCUUGUAGAUCCAAGGUUGGAUUGGGGUGGGGUCUCUGGGACGUUGGCUAGCUAGGCAAGGAUUGGGGGGAUUUAAGUGCUUAGAGAUCGAAGGCAGGCCUUGAGUAGGGGGAGUCAGACAAUUGGAAAGCCUAGGUGGUUAUUUGGGGAGGGGUCUCCGCGCCUUGGCGAGGCGCAAAGCUGCGCCUGUUUGGCUUGAGGCCUUGUCCAGAGAGGUUUCUGUGCAGGGUGGGCCGCCUGGGCCAGGCCAAGAGAAAGAAAGUGAAUAAACCAGGACUAUAAGUGGGCGGGGGGCCCCUGAGAGGGGGGUCACAAAGGGUGAGACAUGGCCACCAGGCGUUUAACCGACGCUUUCUUGUUGUUGCGGAAUAAUUCCAUCCAAAACCGGCAGCUGUUAGCCGAGCAAGUGAGUAGUCACACCACCUCCAGCCCUCUGCAUUCACGUAGCAUUGCUGCGGAGCUGGAUGAGCUUGCUGAUGACCGUAUGGCUCUGGUGUCAGGCAUUAGCUUAGAUCCAGAAGCAGCAGUUGGUGUCACAAAACGGUCACCUCCUAGAUGGGUGGAUGGAGUGGAUGAAAUACAGUAUGAUGUUGGCCGGAUUAAACAGAAGAUGAAGGAAUUAGCCAGCCUUCAUGACCAGCAUUUAAACAGACCCACCCUGGAUGACAGCAGUGAGCAAGAGCAUGCCAUUGAAAUAACCACCCAAGAGAUCACUCAGCUCUUCCACAGGUGCCAGCGAGCGGUGCAGGCUCUGCCCAGCCGGGCCCGCAGGGCCUGCUCCGAGCAGGAGGAGCGGCUCCUUCGCAACGUGGUGGCCUCCCUGGCCCAGGCUCUGCAGGAGCUGUCCACCGGCUUCAGGCGCGCGCAGUCGGGCUACCUCAAACGCAUGAAGAAUCGGGAGGAAAGAGCCCAGCAUUUUUUUGAUACAUCAGUACUGCUAAUGGAUGAUGGAGACGAUAAUACUCUUUACGAUCGGGGUUUUACAGAUGACCAGUUGGUGCUGGUGGAGCAGAACACACUGAUGGUGGAGGAGAGGGAGCGGGAGAUUCGCCAGAUCGUGCAGUCCAUUUCAGACCUGAAUGAAAUAUUUAGGGAUUUAGGAGCGAUGAUUGUGGAGCAGGGUACAGUCCUUGAUAGAAUUGACUAUAAUGUUGAGCAGUCCUGUAUCAAGACCGAAGAUGGCCUGAAACAGCUUCACAAGGCAGAGCAGUAUCAAAAGAAGAAUCGGAAGAUGCUUGUGAUUUUAAUAUUAUUUGUCAUCAUCAUUGUCCUCAUUGUUGUCCUCAUCGGCGUGAAGUCUCGCUAAGCGUCUGUGCGGCUGCGUGUGCCGCCCGCGUGGACUCCCGGGCGCCAGGGGCUCGGCUGCCGUGCGGGCACAGCAGAGGCGCGGGCUGUGGACCGAGGACCGCGUGGGGGCAGCGAGCGCUGGCCUGGACUCCUCGUCGCAGUCGUGCUCAAGCAGAGGGAAUGGGCUUCUGGUUUCCCUUCAUUGUCAAGAAUUUAAGGACCUUUGAUACCGCUGCAGAACAGAGAUUGAGCUGUGUCAUCAGUUAUAAUAUCUAUUUUUUUUAGAAGAGAAAAUGAGUUGAAUGUUUACAGGCACCCCACAAGCUGGUCGAUACUGUACAUGCAUAUGCUGUUUUUUUAGCUUCAUGUCGGAGCGGCAUGUUAAAAUAAUUUUUGGAAAAAGUUUUUAAAAACCAUCUGGUUUUUAAGAAAUUUGGUACCAAAAAAUUUGUGAGUAGAGGCAAAAAUGCCUCUUCAUCUUUCUCUGUAUAUUUUCCAGUUGAAAACAAACUGAGAAGUCCUUUAAGAAUUUAUAAUUCGUUCCCCAUUAACUUAAUUUAGCUUUUCCAUCACUGUUAAUGAUCAGAGUAGCAAAGUGUGAAAAAUAAGAAACCAUCAUUGAUGUUAAUUAACACAUUUAGAUGGGCCAGUUAAAACAGCUUCAUAAGUUUAAAUUAAUUGUAAAUGGACUAUUCCUCAUCUAGAAUCUGUGCCCUGCAUUUUCUACUGUAAACCAAAAGGGGUUACUAACAAAACUGCCUAAAUUUAAAAGUUGGUGAUUUGAACCGACCUCACAUGAAAACAUGCAAAUGGAAGAUGGGCAGUGUCAUGAAAGUCACCAGAAUCAGCCAGUGUGUCCCUGUACUCGUCCCCAGCCGUCCUUGCUCAAUCCAUUACUUAUAUACUAACCACAUAAUGGCCUGUUCAAACCAGACACCAUUUAAUGAACUGUGAAUUUACACACAGGCCAUUCUAAAUGGGUCACCCCAUUUAGGAUUAGUGGAUCUCAAAUUAUUAACCAAACAUCACUCCAUUUCAAAGUAAAAUAUUCCACCAGUGGUAUGAUUUAUCGGCUCUUCCACUGCUGCUUAACAUGCCCAGAAAGUAGGCAUGUUCCCGCAGAUUGUGAAAAUCUGGAUUAGGAAAUCCCUCAUUUCUGUGAACAUGAAUCAGAUCGCCAACGCAGGACUUUGCCGUUUACUUACCUAUUAUCAAUAUGGUGCUCGAAUAUAUUCCUGGAACUGUAGAAUAAUGUGGAAAGUGAUGGUAACUUUGAAAGCUGAAGUUCAUGUUUUAUUGGGUCUUGAGACACUAGUAUCUUUUUAAUGGUCUUUGUAUAAUUUUCAAUGGCUUUUCCAUUGUUUUUUACCUCUCCUAAAAAGUUUGAGAAGAGCAUGACUUCAUUAAAUGUGCUGUUUUAUUUGGAUCAGUCACAUAAAAUGUCUCUUUAGAAUUGACUUGAAAGUUGUUUCCAGAAACUUAAACUCAAGUCCAGAGGUUCAAGUCGUCCAAACAGAUCAUGGUCUUAAAACCCAUGCCCCAGCCUUCCCUUCCCAAGUCGUUUGUGACUCCAGGCGGCCACUGGUUUUCUUAUUACUGAUGUGGCUAUAGAAUGAUCUAGAGGUGCCCCUGGCAUUUCAGGAAAUCGCAUGGUAUUCCCUGACAAACAGUUAUUUAUUAGGAAAAAAGGUCGGCCAAUUCGAAUCCACCACCUCCUUGAUCACCCCUGAAAUGUGGGGCUUCUGCAUUCUUCUUGCGAAUAGCUCUAGGCCUUCUCUACUCACAGCAGAUUUGAAUCCAGUGGCAGAGUCGACGUGUUCCCCUAGACCAACUGCUCCCAGGAGCUGGGCUGUGGGGGUCCGAGCUCUUCCCUCCCUGACGGUCUACAGUGGCAGAACUGGGUCCCUGGUGAAGCUUUUCAAGUGCUCAGUCUUACCCUUUAAGGAAAGUGACCCUUUAAGAAAGGAUCACCAAAAAAAAAAAAAAAAAAAAGGAAGGGAUCACCAUUUAUUUAUAUUUAUUUUCAGUUAAUAGGGGUGAUUGGGGUUGGUUUUUGCUCCCCACCCCCUAACCCCAUUUGGGUAAAAUAGUAGAUCUAAAUAGACGUGAAGGCUCUCGAGCGGUCUGAAGCUGGCAUGGUGCCAGUGGAAGCCCCAGCCGUCUGCUGCCACGACCUUGUCCCACAGUGGGAAGCGGCCCCAGAGCCUGGGCGCCAACUUGCCCGCCUCCUGCAAACACUGUAUUUUUCUUUUGAGCCUUUAUCAGGGAAGGAUCAGCAGCCUUGGGGGAAGUAAGAGAAAAGUGGUAAUGGAGUCCUGGUACAUCAGGGCUCCUUUUCCUGCGGACAGCCAUUGCCGUCCCUCUCGGCCAGGCUCUGGGGGCAGUGCUCGCCAGCCCGGUCUCUCCCCUCACCUGGGAUGUGAGCAGAGAAGAGGGCCGGCAGCGAAAGCUGCUUCUGGGCAUCCCCGGGCUCAGCCACUGGACACCCGCCCCCUUCAGCGUGUCCUCGGCGGGCUCCUUGGAUGGGACUGGAGAGCAGAGAAGUCCGUGUUUACCGUCAGGUCGCCAAAGCUCCUGAUCUUUCCCGAGAUUGUAACUGAAAUCUACUGUCUCUCGUUGUAUUAAUUUGGGGGGGGGGGGCUGCUGGCUUCGCCAUGGGCGUGAAGCAGUGUAUGACUCUAAUUUAACGGAUUUACCGCUUUCUCUGCUAAUUGAGAGAGCAUUAUUUAUUUGUUUUGACACAAGUGUUUUCAGUGUUUUAUCCUAGCUAAUGGCUUCUUAAAGGUAAUAAAACCCUUCCAACCUAAUUGGUCAGAUAAGACUUUUUUUCUUGUGUGCUUAAAUAAAGCAAUUAGUGAAGCGCUUCUA